UUGCUGAUAAGGAUGGAAGACCGAGGUCAAUUAUCAGCUUGGCUUAGUAUAAAAAACUAAAUCAUAAUUCAGUCGGUGUUUUAUGUUUCACUGAGAAUGAAGUGUCUUCAAGCGGCGAUCACGUUAGGCUUUUUAGUGCAACUGCAUGCUGUCAGGUUGUUGGAGCCAAGGUGUCUCACUACAAACACACUCAAGGAGCUGGGCGACACCGCUCCAUGGAUGGCCAGUAUAAGUAACCGGAACGGCUUCGUGUGCCAGGGCACGCUCAUUACUAGUCGGUUUGUUCUAACUGCCGCCCAUUGCGUUAAAAGGGAGAACAGCUUGUUCGUAAAAUUGGGCCUAGAAAAUGGAGUCUUCUCUUCCAGCCAAUAUGGUGUCGACAAGAUCCUUCCUCAUUUUGCAUAUUCCGAAUAUAAAUUCACAAAUGAUAUUGCUCUUCUGCGACUUCAGGAAGAUGUAAUCUUCAAUGAUUUCGUGAGGCCUAUUUGCAUUUCUCUUAAUAUGGAUAUUAAGGACGAGGUGGAGACGUUGACGGAAUUUGAAGCCUUUAGUGGCCGGUUAGCCAAAAAUGAUACCCUGAAACCCAUGGCUCUGGACCGUUCAGACCGUUCCGAAUGCGUUUCAGAUUUCGGUUUUGUUGUUGGUGAUAGCCAAAUUUGCGCUGGAUGCAUAAACGGUGAUAUCUGCAACCGAGACACGGGGGGUCCAUUGGUGCGGAUGAUUAGCAUCAGAAAAUAUCUCUGGUAUGGCGUCGUUCAAUUGGGAAUUGCAAGUUUCGUAGCAGACUCGUGCAAUGGGCGUGUGGUCUUCACUGACGUGAUUAGCUAUGUCGAUUGGAUUGAGUUUAAAAUUGAAGAAAAUUCUGAAGAAAGUACAGAGCCAGACAAUAAUGUCAGACCUCCUAACCCAAUUCAGACGUCCACGGAAACCCCACAGGAGCAAGUACAAUUUCUUAACAAUGAUUGUGGAGAAUAUACAAAUGGAAUCCAUCCGUGGUCCGUCAAAAUCUAUUGGAAUGGGAUUAUGACCAAGGGCACGGUUAUCAAUGAACGCUUCCUUUUGACGAAGGCCCAAGAUAUGUCGGACGACCCAAACGCCAUAGAAGUGACUAUGGUGGAUUCGACAGGAUCCUAUGAGUUUCUAGUGGAUAUGGUGCUCAAACAUCCAGAGUAUCAGGCCGGAUAUGAGAACGAUAUAGCGUUGUUGCGUUUGAGCAGUCCCCUUCCAUCGACUGUAAAACCCAUCUGCCUCAUCAUCAACCCUGAAUAUAAGAAAAAGAUGGCUGACCUAAAGUAUAGCUUUAUUAUUAAUGAAAAUAAUAAUGCCUUAAGAAAAGAAGUUGGCCGACUUACUUCCGACCAAUGUGCGACAAGAAUCGGAAAACCAAUUGAUCAGAAUCAGUUUUGUGUGACGAUACCUUUGGGGACCAAAUAUGGCAGUCCUGGAGACGUAAUCGGCCUAGAUUUAAACGAUGCCGGAAAGCACAUGUUUGUAAUCACCGGAUUCGCUAGCUAUUCGAGUAAUGGCAUAACAAUUGUCACAGACGUUGUAAAACAUACAGAAUGGAUUGCAGAAUCUUCCCGGAAAUACUAGU